AUGGAUGUUCUUUUUUAUUACUAUUUUUCGCAUGUUCGUCCCUUUUGCUGUUGUUUCUGUAUCCGCCGCAUCAGAGAUACAAAACAUUUUGCUAAUCAGUUUGUCAUGUUGUUCCUUCUUCCGCAAUUGUUGCAGCUAAUGUUUUUUUUUUCUUUUCUUCUUCUUGCAUUACUUGGUCUUUACACAUUUUUUUUCUUCUUCUAUGUUAUAAUAAGCCCCUUUUGUUUCCUCUUUUUUUUCCUUCACAUAUCUGUCUUUACUUGGCGUCCAAGUCAGUCGUCUAACCUUUGUGAUAAUUAUCCCACUUUUUUUUUCUUUUUAAGCGUCUUCUUCCUGUCCUUUGAUAACACGUCAUCAGCAUUUUCCCCAUCUGACCGUGGUUCAUGCGCGCAUGUGCACGUGUCUUUGGUAGUCGCUACCGUUAUGCGUUAG